AUGGGAACAUUUGGCGAGAAAUUUGAGGACCCAAGUAGAUACCGCCAAAUGCACAGCACGAUCGCAAAAACAUGGUACAUCUCAUUUGAUCAGAUUCAAAAGGAAGACCCACUUGCCGCGGAGUACCUCUCUUUUAUGGCAUGUAUAGAUCGAAGUAAUAUCCCGCAGUCACUAUUGCCUCUAACAGGGUCUUUACUGCAGCAAAUUAAAGCGAUUGGGACGCUGAAAGGAUACGCAUUUAUCACAGAGCGGCAGCGGGCUCUACCUGGGUUAGGUGGUGAGGCAUAUUUUGAUAUGCACCGGCUGGUCUAUAUUAUGUUAGCGAGGUGGCUGGAGGACCAUGGUGAAAAGAAGGGCUGGGUAGUUAAAGCAGCAGAGAGGCUCGAGGAGGUUUUGCCGUACGGUGGACACGACGAGAAGAAGACCUGGUCAAUGUACCUUCCGCACGCAAUCUACUUGGCCACUUUAGAGAUUGCGGUGGAUGAGGCGACAAGAGCGUCGCUUUUUGAGCGGAUCGGAUAUUGCCAAUCGACGCUGGGCCAGUACUCGGAGGCAGGGGCGAUGCAUCGCCAAGCGCUGGUGUUGAGGGAGAGAAGUAUGGGCAAUGAGGAUGUUUUGACGCUGAAGAGCAAGAACAACUUCGCCGUAGCACUAGGCAAUCAAGGCAAGUACGCGGAGGCGGAAUCGAUGCUCAGGCAGACGCUGAUGACGCGUGAGAAGACACGCUGA